AUAGCUUUACGAGUUCAUGCUCAGAUAAUGCGGCAAUACGACAACACUUGGGACUAAAUAAUUGUGAUAACGCUAACUUGAAGUGCAUUUAGAAACAAGUUCCAUGAGGUUAGUGUCUGACAAAAAGACGUAGCAGCCGACAGUCUCAACCGGAGCGCGUACUUACGCUAGCAUGUUAGCAGCAGCAGCGCGUGCGGGUGAAGGGCUCUGCGUCAUCUGAUCAGACCCCUGAGAUGCUCCGUUAACGCGGGACCUUCUUUCGGACUCUGAGAUGAACUUAAAGCGGACACUGAAACGGUUUCUUCUUAUGACGUUUUCAGUCACCCAACUUCUACUCACUGAGGGAGCCCAGAGUCAUCAUUCAGUGUCCAGACUCCAAAGGAGGGCUAAUGCACUGCGGAGGAAACGGGAUCUCCUCAGGGAGGAGUCUUACAGACCACUUAUCUCAGAAGCUUCUCUAUCACGCAGUGUCGUACACAACUACACAGCGAGAGAUUCUUCUUCAGAACAUUGUGGCUGUCUCAAUGGAGGCUGGUGUCAGGAUGGCGGAGUAUGUGACUGUUCCCAGUUCCAAGCGCAGGGAGACCGCUGUCAGAUCAUCCCUAACCAGGGUCAGGACCGUGAUGGGAUCUGUAGGUCAUGGGGGCAGUACCACUACGAGACAUUCGAUGGCGUGUACUUCUACUUUCCUGGAACCUGCUCAUAUAUCUUGGCCCAGGACUGCCAUUCCACCUCGCCACGAUACACAGUGUGGAUCCAUAACAGCAGACAUUGUGUUGGGAGUGUGUAUUCGUGUCCAAGAGCUCUUAGCCUGCUCUUUCCGAAUGAGGAGGAGAUCCACAUUGCUGGAUAUCAAGUCCACCAGGGGGGGCGUAGGCUAAUUCUACCUCAGUCAAUCAGUGGUGUGUUUAUAGAGCGACUGGCAGAUUACCUUCUUGUGAAAAGUGUCUUUGGUUUCUCUCUGGCCUGGGAUGGAGGCUCAGGCGUCUAUCUGAAGAUGAGUGAGGAACACCAUGGUGCCCCUUGUGGCUUGUGUGGGAAUUUCAAUCACCUUGCUAGUGAUGACCUCACCACCGCCCGUGGCAUCCAGACAGAUGAGCCUGCAGUUUUUGGCAACAGUUGGGCUGUAGACUUGCCUCAUGAAAGAGCCUGUCCAUCAGUGGAUGUUUACUCAAGUGGACCGUGCCAGUCUGAGUCAGAUAUGGAUGAUGCCAUAGAGAAAUGCAGCGCUCUUCUGUUUUUCCCCUUUCUGUCCUGUCACGAGAAUAUUGACCCAAACCCAUUCGUGGCGGGCUGUAUCUCCGACCUCUGCGUGGCUGAUGACGAGGAAACUUUCUGCCGUGCCCUGGUCGAGUAUACUAGAGCCUGCUCUCAUGUCGGGUAUCCAGUCAGGGAAUGGAGGGACAGUUUCCCAUCCUGUUAUGAUGGCUGCGAGGAGAGUUUUGUCUAUAGAGAUUGUAUCAGCUGCUGUCCACCCACUUGCACUUUCGAAAAAGAGUGUCUUGGAACCAAUUUGCAUUGCCUGGAUGGCUGCUACUGCCCUGAUGGCCUUAUUCUGCAAAAUGGAACAUGCAUUGCUGCCUCUCAGUGUCCUUGUGUUUACCACGGAGCCUCAUAUGUACAAGGACAUGUGUUGCGACAAGGGUGCAGUGUUUGUACUUGCAUUGGAGGAGUGUGGAACUGCACUGAGAACAACUGCACAGCUGAGUGUUCGGUUAUUGGUGACGUGUUUGUGACGACGUUCGAUGGGAGGAUGUUUCUCCAGCCGGGGUCUUGUCAGUAUGUCCUGGCGAAAAGCAGAAGCAGCAGUAGGUUCACAGUCACACUGCAGUACACGAGCUGUGCUGAGCAGGUGUGUAUUCAGUCAGUGUCUGUGGUGUUGGAUGAAGACGUAAGCCAUCAAGUCACACUGACCAGAGAGGGAGAAGUCAUGAUUGGUGUCAACCCUGCACCUGCACUGCCAUAUAUUGACGAUGUGUUGGCCGUGCAGAAGCUCAGCUCUGUGUUCACACAGUUGAAGGCCAGGAUUGGGCUAAAGUUGCUCUAUGAUGGACGAGGUGGUCGUGUCUAUCUGCAGCUGGAGAGCCACUGGCAUGGACACACUCUCGGGCUGUGCGGAACCUUCAAUGGAAAUCUCCGGGAUGACUUUCUGUCUCCAGCAGGUAUGAUAGAAGGCACGCCGCAGCUCCACGCUAAUGCCUGGAAGGUGUCUUCAGCUUGUGUGGCGCCAGUCAACCUGCCCAUUAUUGACCCAUGUGAGAUGAACCUACAGAAUGUGUUCUACGCAUCGCACUGUGAGGUUCUGUUGGAGACGGUGUUUGCACCCUGUCACAGCCACAUCAGUCCAAAUGUCUACCAACAACAGUGUCGGUACCAGGCCUGUCGCUGUGGCAGCAGCUGUCUGUGCACCGCUCUGGCUCACUACGCUCUUCUCUGCUCCAAACAUGGUGUUAACAUUGACUUCAGAGCUCAUGUCUCUGAAUGUGGAGUGGUGUGUGUUGGAGGAAUGCUGUAUCAAUCUUGUGUGUCCUCCUGCGGGCGGUCCUGUCGUGCUCUAUCUAGCACGGAGACAUGCGACCCAGACGACUGUGCGGAGGGGUGUGGCUGCCCAGAUGGUAGUUACUAUGACGACGUCCGUCAGCGAUGUGUUCAGCUGUCUCAGUGCAACUGUUAUUCUUUAACUGGUGUGUCACAACCAGGGGAGGUGACCUUCAGUGCUUCUGGACCCUGCCUUUGCAGAAAUGGAAUUUUGGACUGCGUGCCAGAAGAAAAAGAGACAGAGAGCGAUGAAGCAGGGGAAUGCGCGGAGGGGAAAGUGUACCACACUUGCACAGACCAGAGAGGAGGCGUGGCUUGUGCGCCAACUUGUCGUAAUCUUAUGAUGAACCUCACCUGUCCUCCCAACACACCCUGCAUCCCAGGGUGUGUCUGUCCUCAUGGGUUAGUGCAGCACCAAGGGAAGUGUUACUACCCGGAGAACUGUCCCUGUGCUUGGCUUGGUCUCGAGUAUCUGCCCGGGGAAAUCGUGGAAACGUCAUGCUACAAAUGUGUGUGUCACCGGGGCUAUUUUAACUGCAGCUACUCACCAUGUCCAGCUGUGUGCACGGUCUACAGUGACAGACAUUAUCACACCUUUGAUGGUUUGGAGUAUGACUACCACUCAGACUGCCAGGUCUACUUGAUUAAAAGUGUUGGAGAACCAGAAGUGUCGAUUGUUGCCCAGAAUAAGGACUGCUAUGAGAGUGGUAUCGUGUGCAUGAAAGUACUGGUUAUCCACGUCGGACUGACGAAGAUCUACUUCACUGACAACUCUGGAAAUCCUAGUCCGUCAACUGUUGUUGGUCGAGGGUCUGAUUUUGAGCUGUGGAAAGCUGGCUACUACACAGUGGUCCAUUUCUCAAACCAGGACCUGACCAUCCUUUGGGACCGAAAGACAACUGUGCACAUCAGAGCUGGACCUCAGUGGAAGGGACUUCUCAGUGGCCUCUGCGGCAAUUUUGAUAGUGUCACUGUCAACGAUAUGACCACCUCCAAUCACAUGGAAGUCAGUAAUGCGCAGACAUUUGGAGACAGUUGGGCACUGGGGCAGUGCGAAAGCGACUACGUUGUGGAGCGACCGUGUGAAGGGGACCUGGGCAGGCAGCCUUACGCCAAGAGGGAGUGUGCUCUUCUCUACAGUGAUGUCUUUGCUCCCUGUCACAAUGUGGUGGAUGUUGCCUGGUUCUAUCGGAACUGCUUGACAGACACUUGUAACUGUAACCGUGGGGGGGACUGCGAGUGUCUUUGCACCUCGAUUGCUGCAUACGCUCACAAAUGCUGCCAACAAGGUGUCACCAUACAGUGGAGAUCUCCUGCAGUUUGCCCUUACGAUUGUGAAUACUUAAAUCAAGAACUGGGUGAUGGUCCUUUUUCUUUGGUGAGUGCUGUCUACAACAACACCAUGUUUGCAGUCAAUCGUACCAGCAGUUCAGUCUUCCCUUUGGUGAAAGAAGCAUUGGGACCGUUGCCACCAACUGGUCUACUGUUCAACUUCAUGGUCACUGCCGGCCUCCAUAAGGACAGAUCGUCACGUGUCCCUGUGGUGUCGCUAGAGUCUGCAGAGAGACCAAAUUACUUCCUAGUCAUCACAGGAAGAAACUGUCUGAAGUUGGAGCACUGGAGCCGCCGAGAGGAUUUUAGUCGCAGAGCAACCUUUAUCCAACAUCAGGGUUUGUUUAUGCCAGGCCACACCUCAUUUGAACACGCCAGCCAGCCUGGAAUAUUUCUGACGCUGACACACACUGCGGCUCGUGCACAAAGAUACGACACCUCUGACGGCUUCAGAGCGAGCAGCAGUUUCACACUGGAGGAGAGUCGUUUUGUGAUUCCCUAUCGUAUGAUGUGUGAGUGGCGCUACCAGGCUUGUGCAAGCCCUUGUAUUCACACAUGCAGUGACCCAGAUGCGACACGCUGCCUGUUCCUGCCUCCAGUGGAGGGUUGUUUUCCAAGAUGCCCUAAAAACAUGGUCCUGGAUGAAGUGACAAGAAGAUGUGUCUACAUAGAGGAUUGUGUGACACUUCCACCAACGCCCACUCCUUUUGAAUAUGUGACAAGGUCAAAUAAAACAACCACUCCUGGUACAACAACUGCUCCAAGCACUACCAGUCCGACGACGACGUCCACUACCACUGCAACCACCACAAUGACCACCACCAUAACUGCAACAACCUCAUCUACAACUGACAGUCCAACAACAACCACCACCACUACUGCCAUCCCAACAACUGUGACGACUGAAAAAUUGACCUCUCUGCCGGCUCCGUCUGCCACUUCUCAUUCGACCACCAGUGCUACUGUUUCGACCAUUCCACUCACCACAUCAACAACAACGUCACUCAGCACGGAAGAAACAACAUAUGUCGCAGGAAUCACUACAACGACCACGGUUGCGACAACACCAGUUGCAACAUCCUCUCAACCCCCCACACCACCUUCCCUGGUGUCCACUACAACUGAGCCAACAAUCACCAUGGCCCCCACGACAACGCAAGCUCUACCAACAUUAACUUCUGCCCCUGCAACAUCCACAGAAGCCUCCACCCUCCUGCUGCUUUCCCCAGCCAGCACGACCAUACAGACAACAGACGCUUCCACAGUCCCUGUAACAACCACAGUACCCAUUUCUACAUCCACUGAGCUCUCUACAGAGCCUCCUGCUACAGAGAGAAUCACAAGUCCGGAUACAACUACUGCAUCAACAACACAUGCAUUUGUCUGGCCCACAACUCCCUGUACACCUCCGUACUCCUAUCGAGUUGAUGAAUGUGCGGAGCUGAUCUGUUUCAAUGGCGAGCUGCUGCUUCACAAUUCUUCGCUCCAUUGCCGCUUCAACACCACCCAACCCCAGUGCAGCCUCCUGGGCCUGCCCAUCCUCAUCAACACAGACCCUUGCUGCCCACUUUGGCAGUGUCCUUGUCGCUGCACUGUGAUGUCCGACUUGCGUGUGAUCACAUUUGAUGGCAACAAUGUGGCGUUAUAUGACAACGGCUCUUAUAUCCUUGUUAACCUGCCAAGGGAGAGCAUCAUCGGAACAGUGGAAAAAUGCCCAACCAGUCAAAGCGUCAACUCCAUCCGAAGAACAAGCCCUACAGGUGGAACAUCUGGUCUAUGUUUUAAGAAACUGAACAUAACAACCACCUCCUAUCGAAUUAUUAUCAACCGCUUGGAUCGAAAGGUGACUGUGAACUACCGACCUGCCAGGCUUCCUUUCUCCCGUCAGGCUCUUUACGUGGAGGACACUGGCAGCAUGUACCUGAUCCACACACCGGGCGGUGUAAGCAUUCAAUGGUACCACAGCACAGGUAUUAUGGUGAUGCAGUACAUCACCGCCGGUAAUGCCUCUGUGCCCACUCGAGGACUGUGUGGCUGUUGCGAUGGAAACCCAGAGGACGACUUGAAGUUACCUAAUGGCACAGUCGUCAGGGAGGUUGGAGACAUGAUGGUCUUCCUUCAGGCUUGGAGGGUCCAGACCACAGACGACGCCGAGCACACACGCAGAGUAGGAGACAAUUGUACGACUGGGGACUGUUCCACCUGCCUCUCCAUGCUGUGGCAGAGACCCUUUACAGCGUGCCAUGGCAAGGUACCACCAGAACAGUUCUGUGACAUCAUCUGGGCAGGAGACCUGCACUACAAGGACCACCAAUGCGACUUCCUUGCGGCGUAUGUGGCGGUCUGCUACACGCAUCAAGUCUGCAUCAGCUGGAGACGACACAACUUUUGCCCACUGCGCUGCCCCCCUGGUAAAGAGUAUCAGCCAUGUGUGAGCACAUGCACCAGCCGCACCUGUUUGAACAGAGAGUACUAUGAGGAGACCACCUGCUCCUUCGUCAGAGAAGAGUGCGUGUGUCGUAGUGGAACCAUCUUGCACCGAGCAGAUUCUCCCUACUGUGUCACAGAGGACCGCUGUGUGUGCACGGACAAUGAUGGUAACCCACGGGCCCCCGGCGAGGAGUGGAAUGGCUCUGUACGAGGCUGCUGCUUGUACAGGUGUAUGGAGAAUGGGUCUGUGGUAGCUGUGGAGCCUGACUGCAGCGCUGUAGCCAUCCCGCUGUGUGAAAGGGAGGGAGAGUAUGUACUCGAUGUGCUGGAAGAAGGAGCCUGCUGUCCAAAAAAGAUCUGUGAGUGCAACAUGACCAUCUGUGACAGUGAAGCCCCGCCCUGUGAUAACGGCAACAGACUUGUGAUUGGAUACAGCGCCCUGUCCUGCUGCCCUGAAUACAGAUGUGAGUGUGACCCCUUUGCGUGCCCUCCUAUUUCUGCCCCUGUCUGCCGAGAAGAUCAAUUCUUAGUGGAGGUUCGUGGUGAGAAGUCGUGCUGCUAUUCUUACCUCUGUGUGUGUGAAUCCUGUAUUGAGCCCGUGCCAGCUUGCUCACGUGGGGAAAUUAUGGCUGUAGAUCUGAACACAACUGGCAGCUGCUGUCCCCAGUAUCACUGCGUCUGCGAUGUCAACCUUUGCCCCGAAUCCCAUGUGAGCUGCGCGGCUGGUCUCACACUGGUUCAAACUACUGUCCCUGGAGAUUGUUGCCCUCAGCAUCACUGUGAAUGCCAAUGUGAGGACAGCUCUCUCCCUAUCUGUCAGGUGGGGGAGGAGAUGUUUGAGGUUCCAGACAGCAGCAGCAGCUGCGGUUGUCCUCAGCGGACUUGCCAGAAAGCAGAUGUUUGUCUCUUCCAAGGAGUGACAGUGCUUGGUCCCGGCCAGUCCUUGGUUCAGUACUUUGAGGGAGAGUUGUGCUACACCGUUCACUGUCUGCAAUACAAGGAUCCGGACACUGGCUUUUAUGCAAUGGAAAUAACUUCUGUCAAUUGUUCUCAGAAGUGUGGACCGCACCAAGUGUACGAACAGUCCAGCGACCCCCAGGUGUGCUGCGGCUCCUGUCGGAACGUGUCCUGCAGCUUCACCAAUGAGAACGGGACCGCAGAGCAAUAUGCUGUCGGGGGUUCGUGGGUGGAGAACUGCACACGGUAUGACUGCAUGGAAACGGCGGUGGGAGCUGUGAUACUGGCCUCUGGUGUGGUUUGCCCUCCGUUCAAUGACACUGAGUGUCUUCAGAGUGGUGGCGUGAUCCAGAGUUAUGUGGACGGCUGUUGCAGAACAUGUAAAGAAGAUGGUAAGACGUGCAAGAGAGUGGCCAUCCGUACUACAAUUCGAAAAGACGACUGCAGGAGCAAUGCCCCUGUUACAGUCUAUUCUUGUGAUGGGAAAUGUCCUUCAGCCACCAUAUUCAACUUCAACAUCAACAGUCACGCCAGGUUCUGUAAGUGCUGCCGUGAAAGUAGACUGCAAACACGCUCAGUCACACUCUACUGCUCUCGUAACGCCACCGUCGUGGACUACAACUUCCAAGAGCCUUUGGACUGCUCCUGCCAAUGGAACUGAACUGUGUUUGUUCAGGAUUUAUGGUGUGAAGCUUGAAUGAAUAUUUAGCUUUGAUUUGGGCUGCAGCAAUGUUAUUCCACUUUUAGUCGAGCAUAAAAUCCAAUUUCUUUGUCACGAUGGGAUUCUCAAAAUGAUUUUUAGGUAGCUAGACAGCACUUUUUAAUGAUCAUCAUUCUUUAUGAGCUCUUGAUUGUAUGAUUCAAAAGAAAACGAAAUAAACCUUUUAAUGCUCUUAUCUAAAAUUAUAUAUUUUUUCUGAAAAUCCUGUUUUUAAAC